AUGAGUGUGUGCGUGUGCUCCAGUGGCUCAGCUGUCUCCAACUCUUUGAGACUUUGGACUGGAGCCUGCCAGACUCCUCUGUCCAUGGGAUUUUUCUAUCAAGAAUACUGUAGCGGGUUCCCACUUCCUACUCCAGGGGAUCUUCCCAAUCCAGGGAUAGAACCCACAUAUCUUUCAUCUCCUGCAUUGCCAGCAGAUUCUUUACUGCUGAGUCAUCGGGGAAGCCCUAAUCAUGAGAAAAACAUCAGACAAAUUCAAGUUGAGGAGACCUCAACAAAACACCUGACCAUACUCCUCAAAACUGUCAAGAUCAUCAAAAACCAGGAAAAUUUGACAAACUGUUUAGAGCCAAGAGGAACCUCAGGACACAGGAUGACUCAAUGCGAUGUGGUAUCCUGGAUGGGCGGCUAG